AUGGCGCCUACUAUCACCUCAGCCCUCACCAUCGUUCUCACCACUGUUCCUAUGCUGGGGAAGGACAACUGGGCCAAGUUUGGGAAGGGUUUCAAGGUGUUUUUGCUGGGAGUGGACGCACUUUGGGUUAUGGGGAAAGGGCCAAAAGCAGAUGAGUCUGACCAAGUUGCCCUGGACAGGAUGCUCCUCCCCUACCUCUACACCAAGAUAGAGGAGCAGUACCAGCCCCUCCUGGAUGAUUUCGAGUCUGCCACUGCUGCCUGGGCUGCCCUCAAGGCCCACUUCGAAAAAUCGAGCAUGAGCACCAGGAUGGCUGCCAGGGCAGAGCUGCACUCCAUCCCCCAUGAUCCUACCAAGGAUAUAGACGUCUACAUUCGAGCUGUAGGAGAUGCAGUGAAGAAACCGGCUGCCAUGGGUGUUUCCAUCGAUUCCACCAUCCACAAAGAUGUCCUGCUCAUGAAUCUUCACCCAGCCUUCCACACAGUCUGUACCAUUCUCCUUGCACGCUCUCCUGGACUUAAACUCGAAGACUGCAUCACCCAGCUUGCCAGCUCAAGCUCAGACCCUGGGGUGGUUCUCAAAAUCGAAGAUAGCGAUAUUUCGAGCCUGGCCCCGGCUGCAUCGGCGCCACGUUGA